AUUCGGCGCGCGAAAGCUGAAGCAGGAAGUGAGAGUGAGUGAACGUGAAGCGGCGACCAGAGCGGGAUUUGAAUCCAACAAACGUCCUCCAUAAUCUACAAACAUCUACCUGACAAUGGCAGACCCGAAGGAUCAGGAAGAGCAAGAGACCACUGCAGCAGAAACCACAGAGGACACCAAUCAUGACCCUCACUUUGAGCCAAUAGUGUCCCUUCCUGAGCAGGAUGUGAAAACAUUAGAAGAGGAUGAGGAGGAACUCUUUAAAAUGCGGGCUAAACUUUAUCGUUUUGCUUCUGAGAACGACCCGCCUGAGUGGAAGGAGAGAGGGACAGGCGACAUCAAGCUGCUGAAACACAGAGAGAAGGGCACGAUCCGCAUACUGAUGAGGAGAGACCGAACCUUGAAGAUUUGUGCCAAUCAUCACCUUGUACCUACGAUGGAGCUGAAGCCCAACGCCGGCAGUGACAGGGCGUGGGUGUGGAACACACUCGCAGAUUAUGCUGACGAAUGCCCCAAACCUGAACUCCUGGCGAUACGCUUUUUAAAUGCAGAAAAUGCUCAGAAGUUCAGGGCAAAGUUUGAUGAGUGCAAGGAGGAGGUCAGAAAAUCUCUGGAGGGAACAGGCGACCCAGAGAGUGCAAACAAAGUGGCCGAGAAGCUGGAGGAGCUGUCGGUAAAAGACAAGGCUUCAGAAGGAAAGAAGGAAGAGGUCAAAAAGGAGACGGAGAAGAAAGAGGAGGAGAAAAAGGAGGUGAAGGCCGAGGAGAAGAAUUGAGAACCAAGAACUUGCUUUGCUGAUCUCCAAUUUAUCAGUUUUUCCUCUUUUUCUACAAUAGACUCUAAAUGAACUGAAUUUGGACACUUGCAUAUUAUUAGUUUUUUAUUAUUAUUAUCUGUUUUGCCUCAAGAUCACAAGUCCUUGACGCCACUGUGGGAGGGCCGGGGGGGCAAUCCAAGAUAGUGAAUUUAUGAAACAAAGAAGCCCUUUCCAUCACCCCCCCCCUCUCUGCACCAUCAUUGUCAUCUCCAGCUCUUUUGUGGAAAGAGGCUUGUGAUAGUGAUAAUUCCCACAUUGGGGUAACUUUUUUUUGUUUUGUUAUUCUGAAGCGGGGUUUGUUUGUAGGGGGAGAGGACGAUGUAGCCUGCGUGUUAGCAGCACAGGGUCAGGGACCAGGCGGGUGCAUUCUCACUGUAAAAUAAAAAAGCGUUAUGCACCCUGUCCGCUGUCCAUGCUUCCACUGUAAGGUGACAAACUUUGAGUGGACGCCUCGUAGAAGUAGUUCCUUCUUGGUUUCCGUUUGUCAUCAGUUGUGUCGGGAACCGACCAGAGGAGGGAUCCACUCCAGACAGUCGAGGGUCAUCAGAUUCACGAUGGCAGCCUCCACUGAUAGCUGACCUGACAGGAGAUCAGAUGCACUUAGCUUUUCUUUUCCUUUUUUUUUUUUUUUUUUUUUAAAUAUCUGAAAAUUGUUUGGUCCAAAGUCGACGCUUCAGCAGAGUCGGAAGCUGCUUCGCUCUGCGCCAGGAGAGAGAACGUUUCUUUACAUCAGUACAUUCCCAGACUUCAAAAUAAAAAAAGCAUGUCGAGUAUAUGUAACAGAGUGUGCCCUUAUCUGAUCUGUGUGCUCACCACCCUCUCCUUUUCUUUCCUCUUAAUUCAGUUCUUAACCUUGCCUCUGAAGCGCAUCCAAGUGCCAGUGCAUCUGUAAAUACGUGUAUAUGGAAGAAAUGUUACGUUUCAUUUGCACUCAGAUGAUUUGAAAUGUUUCCUCCACCUUCGAAUAAAAGCUGUCAAAGACCACA